AUGAGUAAGGAAUUCGAAAUGAGUAUGAUGGGAGAAUUAAAUUUCUUUUUGGGUUUGCAAAUUAGGCAAUCCGAUGAGGGCAUACAUAUUUCACAAUCUAAGUAUUGUAAGGAAAUGCUCAAGAAAUUUGAUAUGGAGAAUGCUAGACCCAUAUCAUCUCCUAUGUCAACUUCUGACAAAUUAACAGAAGAUCCGAAAGGAAUUCCUGUUGACACUAAGAAAUAUCGUGGCAUGAUUGGUAGUUUGCUAUAUAUUACCGCUAGUAGACCCAAUAUUCAAUAUAGUGUUUGUAAGUGUGCUAGAUUCCAAGUUGCUCCAAAGGAAUCGCACCUAUCCGCUGUUAAACGGAUAUUACGAUACUUAAAAGGCACGAUGGAUCUUGGCCUUUGGUAUCCUAAGGGUGUACCUUUUGAACUAGUAUGUUUUUCUAAUUCUGAUUAUGCUGGACAUUUGGUAGAUAGAAAAAGUACUAGUGGUAUGUGUCAAUUCCUUGGUGGAUGUUUAGUUUCGUGGUUUUCCAAGAAACAAAAUUCUGUAUCCAUAUUCACUACGGAAGCUGAAUAUAUAGCCGCUGCUAAAUGUUGUGCACAAAUAUUAUGGAUGAAGCAAACAUAA